AUGGCUGCCGACGCUCCAAGACCAUCAGUGUACUUAAUCCAAGACAGAGCUUUCAUAUGGGAUGCACAAUCUGCCAUCAUACUGCGCCGUGACUAUCGAAUAGUAGGAGCACUAGUUGGCACACUGCCUAGAAUGCCUUCGCAGAAUUGGUUUAUGGGAUUGCCGAUUGAAUUGUCAAUUGAGGAGGUCUCGCUUCUCGUUAAACGAGAUGUUAUUGAUUUGGUUGAUGAUGCAUCUUGUUUACGAGAACCGACAGAAGAAGACAUGGCGGUAUUAGAGGCACAAUAUCAGGCUGAAUACCAAGUAUAUGCCGCCCAACGAGCUAAAGUUAAUGAGUUACGGGCUAUACAGGGUCGUCAGAUGGCUGCUAGUAGAGCUCGGACUAAAUCCUCAGAGGAGGCAUCAAAAGCCACUACUACUAUACCGUUUGACGCCGAGGAUGCCGAUAACGGGAAUUUUUUUGCUCCUGUAAAGACAAUCAAUACGACACCAUCACAAUCGGAUGCAAUAGAAGGCCCCGAACAGCAGCAAAACGCAGCACCCACAACACCCACAUCACCCUCAAGUAAAAAACCCUCCAUCACACUCCCACCACACCCAAUAUCCACAUUCACAUCCUCAAUCCGUCUCCCAUGGUUCAAACCAACACCACUCAACAAAGCAGACAUACCAGCACGAUACACAACACCAACAGUCACAUCCAAAAUAUUCGAGGAUUUGUGGAAUCGAGGAUAUUUUAUGUCGGCUGGGUCCAAGUUUGGUGGGAAGUGGUGUGCAUAUCCGGGUGAUCCGAUGCGGUAUCAUAGUAAUUAUGUGCUGAAUUUGUUGGAUGAUGUUGGGUCGGAUAUGAAGGAGUUGGUUGCGGGUGGGCGUUUAGGUGGUGCGGUUAAGAAACAGUAUGUGGUGUGCUCGUGGGAUGCUGUGAACGAUGAGCCGGUGUACUUUUGUGUGGAAUGGACCGGUUGGAUUUGA